AUGUCGUUUCCUCCGUCUCCUGUGACGCCCAGCCCCGGGGCUUCAUCAAGUCCGAGCAAUGGCGAUAGUGUUGUCGCCUCACACAUAGGCAGCCAAGGUGUUCGGCCGCCGCCUUCAGACGCUCUAAAAAAGAAGCGUGAACGCGACAAGGUCAGCCAACGCAGGAAACGUCAACGCGAGCGCGAGUAUACAGUCAGCCUCGAGGAGAAGAUACGGCGACUGGAGGGCGAGCUUGCCAAAUCUUCAUCGCCAACGGCUUCGAAUCAUGACCCUUGGGCUGCUCGCCCAUCAGGCUGUUGUGGCAGCCACAAUCAUUGCGAUCGCCAGGACGACGAGACACAAAUAUGCAUGAAGCAACCACUCGUGCUGGGGGAAGACGGCUCUGCGUCUAUCGACACCGAGGCUGCACUGUCCUCCAUGUCGCAGGACUCUGGAUUUAGGCGCUACUCUGUGCUUUUGGAUGCGGCGAGCGAAGAUGUCGACGGGAUCAACGGCCAGGACUCUCUAUCCAUUCUUUCCAUGGAGUCACCACGUACCAAGAGCUCCCAUUCUUCGUCAAGUUUCGAGUCCGUCCCGUUCGACGUAUUUGAGAAAGUGUUGGGCGUGCCAGAAUGGUCCCGAAUACCUCUGCACAGUUGGUCACUUGGAAAUACAGAGCGAUCAUGGGUGAGAGGGGACAAAUUACUGCCAUUCAUCCAGACGAUGCGAGCGGAUCCAAAUUCAGAAUCGACGUGUCCUCCGCAGCCUGCUGUGAUAGAUAUUCUUUACGGAGGCUCAUCCCAUAACGUACUGGCGAAUUUAAUCUCUACCGAAGUGGCAAAGGAAGCUUUACUCCCACCAGAAAAGUUCGCGAUAAGUUGGGCACUGUAUCUUUAUUGUAGAUGGAUUAUUUGGCCCUCGGAAAAGACAUUCCAGUACCUCCCAAAGCACUUUCGCCCAACGGCACGACAGCUGGCAGUACCACAUCCAUGGUGUAUCGACCUUCUUCAACAUCCUCAGCUUCGAGAUAGGCUGAUUACCCACGCCAACGAAUACGAUGUUGACGAAGUAGUAGGCUUAUUUCUUAUUACUCUUCGUCUACGUGGAGGGUUCAAUAAUAAUAAUUUCAUCACUCGAGAGAACGGCGGAGAUCUGCAGAUAGACCCGAAAUUCUACAAGCAAUUCAUGACCCGGGAGGGCUGGGGGAUCCUAGAUAGAUUCUGGGUACAGUAUCCAGAACUUGUAAAAGGGAUGGAUCCGAGAUGGAGGCUUCGAGAAGAGCAUCUACUGCCCCUGUAG